AUGGAGAGAAGGAUCAGCUGCUCUUCCUCCUCAGCUCUCUUCUUCGUCUUCCUCCUCCUCAGCUGGCCUGCCUGCUCCGUCUCCAGUGGGGCGGAUACCUUAUCUCCUGAUCGACCUCUCCUCGAUGACGGAGUAACCGCCUUGGUUUCCUCCGGCGGCCGCUUCCGGCUGGGAUUCUUCGGCCCCAACGGUUCCACCAACCGCUACGUCGGCAUAUGGUACAACAACAUCCCCGACCAAACCGUCGUGUGGGUCGCCAACCGUCGACACCCACUCACCACCCUCUCCGGCAACCUCUCUUUGACCACCAACGGCACACUCACUAUCACCGGCGAAGACAAUACCACCGCCAUCUGGUCUUCGGGGUCGCCAGCCUCAGGCCUCAGGAAUCCAGUCGCGCGGAUCCUCGACGAUGGCAACUUCGUGGUCCAAGAAGCUGGCAGCAACGGCAACGACUCUAACAGCUUCGCAUGGCAGAGCUUCGACUUCCCGACGGACACGCUCUUGCCGGGCAUGGCGUUGGGGCAAAAGCAGCUACGCACAGGGGCCAUCCUCAACAUCAACCUCACGGCCUGGAUGAGCUCCACGGACCCCGCUCCAGGCCAAUAUGUCUUCGGAUUAGACGUGCGAGGCGACCCCCAACUAUUCAUCUGGUCCGAUACACGACCCUACUGGCGCGGAGGCCCAUGGAACGGCCGCUGGUUCAGUGGCGUCCCAGAGGUGAGGGACGGCGCCGACGGAGUCAUCAGUUUCAACUUUAACAAAGAUCAUCUCAGCUACAGGCCUGUCUCCCAGUCUUCGACCAUCGUGAGGUGGACCAUGAACUCCUCCGGCCAGCUACAACUCCUCGUGUGGGCUGAACAGAGCUGGAUUGUCAGUUGGUACAUACCCAAGGACCGCUGCGAUCAAAUUUUCCUGUGCGGCCCCAACAGUUACUGCAGAUCCAACAUCUCGCCGCCGUGCACAUGUUUGCCGGCGUUUCAUCCAAGGAACCAACGUAAUUGGAAUAUGUUGGAUGGGUCAGACGGCUGCACGAGGACGACGCCUCUGGACUGCCUGAACAACACCGAUGGAUUCUUCACACAGAGUGACACCAAGUUGCCCGACACGUCCAGAUCGACAGUAGUUGCAAACUUGAGCUUGGAGGGGUGCAGGGCUUUGUGCUUGAGCAACUGCUCCUGCAGAGCGUAUGCUGAACUGGACAUAAGAACUGCGAGUGGCUGCUUGAUCUGGACAGAGGAUCUCACUGAUAUGACUGUGUAUCAGCGUGGGCUAGGACAAGAUCUUUAUGUCAGAUUGGCAGCGGCAGAUUUAGCAUCAGCUUCAGCAUCUGAAUCUUCGCACCAUCAUUCUGGCCGGAAUAUCUUACUGACUGUGGUUCUUCCUCUGGCAAUUCUUCUGUUCCUUGCUUGUGUUGCUUACUCGAUUUGGAGGUGGAAGAAGAGAUUUUCUCAGAUUCACUAUGAAGCAGAAGACAAGGACAUGGAAUUGCCAUUGUUUGACUUGAAUACAAUUAAAGACGCCACCGAUGACUUCUCGCCUGACAACAAGCUUGGUGAAGGAGGCUUUGGCCCUGUGUACAAGGGUAAAUUGGGUGAGGAACAAGAGAUAGCAGUGAAAAGAUUAUCAAAGACAUCCACACAGGGAGUCGAUGAGUUCAAAAAUGAGAUCACAUUGAUCGCGAAACUGCAACAUCGAAAUCUUGUUAAGCUUCUAGGCUGUUGCAUCCAAGGAGAGGAAAGACUCUUGAUCUACGAAUACAUGUCCAAUGGAAGCUUGGACAACUUUCUGUUUGGUGAAGCUCAAACUGUAUUCCUGGAUUGGAGAGCGAGGUACAACAUCAUUCUCGGUGUCGCUCGAGGUCUACUUUAUCUUCACCAUGAUUCAAGAUUAAGGAUCGUUCAUAGGGAUCUUAAGGCAAGCAAUAUUUUGCUUGACAAAGAUAUGAAUCCCAAAAUAUCUGAUUUUGGCAUGGCCAGGAUAUUUGGAGGAGAUGAAUCUGAAUCAAUUACCAAGAGAGUCGUCGGAACCUAGUGAGC